AACUAUUUGCUCACAUACACACAUCCCUAUACACCAUCACUUUGGCAUCCCAUCACUUCCUCUCUACUUUAAAGGAUUUCACCUCCCCUUUCAUUUUCCCCUCAUUUUACUCUCUCUCUCUCUCUAAAAAUCCCUACUUUCUCUCUCUAAAAUCUCCACUUUCUCUCUCCUCAAAAGCAUAAACUUCAGAAAAAAAACCCAGUUUAGUUUUUUCUUUGUUCAAGCUUCAUCAAUGGCUGUGCAUCUUGUUAUUGGUCUGCUCAUCUUAUCUAUGGCUGGUUACUCAAGUGCCAGUUUUUGUGUAUGUAAGCCAAAUGUAAGCCCAAACAUGAUGCAGAAAGCAAUAGACUAUGCUUGUGGAGCAGGAGCAGAUUGUAAACCAAUAAGCCCAAGUGGUCAAUGUUACAAUCCUAACUCUAUUACAGCACACUGCUCUUAUGCUGUUAACAGCUAUUACCAGAAAAAUGCUGCUAAAGGUGCCACCUGUGAUUUUAGUGGUGCUGCCACUCUCACUAACUCUGACCCGAGUGGUGGAGGUUGCUCUUACUCAGCUUCAUCUGGUGGCUCUCCUACUUCCGGCGGUAUGGGUGGUACCCCUACCACAACAGUGCCUACAACUUCUCCUACUACACCAACCUCCACCCCGAUAUCUGGGUCUGGCUCCACCCCCGGUGUAACUCCAGUUUCUGGUGGCACCGGUGGUAUGGGUGGUACUGGCACUGGUGGUGUUGGCAUGAACCCAGGUUCCACCUCUCCCUACAAUACUUCACCAAAUUCAGGGAACGGGGUACUUGGUGGGGUUGGUACCGGAUUAGCUCCUACUGGAAGCUACGACGACAGCCACGCUGGAAACAAGCUUCAAAGCAUGAGUUCAGGCUUGAUCCUUACAACACUAGCGAUCUCAGCCAUCGCGCUUAUGUGGAAUUGAAGGAUGGAUCUUUGCAAGUAAUGAUGUAGUACGUGCCCAUGUGCAGGAUUUGUGGGGCAAGCAUGUGAAUUAGCACUACUUAUUGGUUUUCAAUCUUUUCAAAGUAGAGCAAGUCAUAUGUAUGAUGCAAUUCUAAGCUUAGUAGGGUUAUUUUGUAUCUUCAACCCAUCCUUCACAUCAUCUUUUAGGGAUGCUUGUUUCCUAGCUCUCUUUUCGCAUUUUCGACCACGGAUUGUUAAGACGUAUUAUUUGUUCUGUAUAAUCUAGAUCUAGUUAGGAAGGCAGAGAGAGACUACUAGUAUACUACGUACCUAUUAAAUAUUGUAAGCAUCCCUGGGUUGUGUAACUUAUGUAGGAAAAUCUUUAUUAUUAGUAGCCUUUUUUUUUAUUUUUUAUUUUUA